GGUGUCAGCCGCCAAUUAACAUCAUAAAUUCAUAAGUCAUCUCUCUUCUCCCGCCUCUCCUAUAUUAUUCUUCAUUCCCUAUAAAAUCUCUCUCCCAUUCAAUCAAUUCUGCCUCUGCUUCCUCCCUCACCUUUCUUCAUUAUCUCCCCCUGCAAUCUUUCUGUCUUCAUUUCCAUGGUGGAAUUUGGAUUGGGAUUGGAGUAUAUGAUAAUAUAAUACACCGCAACAACGAAGAACAAAGAUAGAUAGAUAGAUAGAUAUCCUAUAAAUAAAAUGGCGCAUUCCGAUCCCAACAUGCCGGUGGGCCAAACCGACGAGGAUUUAAACGGCCGCAAGAGCAGCUUCUCCGCGUACGAUCCUAACGUCCGGUUGAGCGUGGAUGGGUCGCCGCCGAUGUUGUCGCCGUGGAACCAGAACUCGCCGUUCGCCAAGUCUCCAUGGUCGCAAACCGGGGGCGGGGUGGGGGGAGAGAUGAACAAUGCGGCGCAGAAUCUCCCGCAGAAUUGCCUAAUUGGGUCGCUGGUGAGGGAGGAAGGGCAUAUAUAUUCCCUGGCUUCCCGGGAUAAGAUUCUGUACACGGGAUCCGACAGCAAGAAUAUUCGGGUGUGGAAGGAUAUGAAGGAAUUCGCGGCGUUUAAGUCUAAUAGUGGGCUGGUGAAGGCGAUUGUGAUAUCCGGGGAUAGGAUUUUCACGGGGCACCAGGACGGGAAGAUUCGGGUGUGGAAGGUGAAUCAGAAGAACCCGGGGGUGUAUAAGCGGGUGGGGACGAUGCCGACGUUUUUUGAUAUUUUCAAGGCGUCGUUGAAGAGGAGCGCGGUGUAUAUAAAGCACUCCGACGCGAUUUCGAGCUUGAGUAUGGAUUCGGAGGACGGGCUUUUAUACUCGGCGUCGUGGGACAGGACUUUUAAGGUGUGGAAGACGGAGAGCUCGAAAUGUGUUGAGUCCGUGAAGGCGCACGACGACGCGGUGAACUCGGUGGUGGCGAGCGUGGAGGGGAUGGUGUACACCGGGUCGGCCGACGGGAGUGUUAAGGUAUGGAAGAGAGAAAUAGCGGGGAAAGGGACUAAGCAUGUGUACUUACAGACGUUGCUGAACCAGGAGUGCGCCGUUACGGCGCUGGCCGUUAAUAAGCAGGGGUCGGUUCUCUACUGCGGGUCAUCCGACGGGGUCGUUAACUUCUGGGAACACGAGAAGCAGUUGUCCCACGGGGGGGUUCUCAAGGGGCACAAGCUGGCCGUGCUGUGUCUCGCUGCGGCCGGGAACCUCAUAUUCAGUGGCUCGGCGGAUAAGACUAUAUGUGUUUGGAGGAGGGUCGGGUCGGUUCAUACGUGCCUCUCUAUCUUGACCGGUCACAAUGGACCGGUUAAGUGCCUGACGGUGGAUGAGGACCAGGAGGCGACAGGGAAAUGGGUGGUUUAUAGUGGGAGCUUAGAUAAGUCUGUGAAGGUGUGGAGUGUUUCUGAAGCCGCACCUGAUUUGCAGAAGAUGGGAAUGGCGUAGAAUUCAUGAACACCGCCUCCCUCUGUUCCAUCAAAACCCUGCCGGUUCGUGUUGGGUCCGUACAGACUGGAAGAUUCAACCGUCCAGUUUAUGAAAUGUUGUACUAGUACACUAUAGUCAGUCAAUCUCUUACAUGCAUAAUUAUUGAAGGGUAAUUUUAUGCAAUAGAAUUAUAUAUAUGAGAUUUUUUUUC